AUGUCUCUGACGGCAUCAGCGGCAUCAGCCGUGUUGACCGUGCUCGCCGAUAUGUCUGAUGGCGGAGGUGAGAGGCGGUGGGAGGAUCAGUUGAAAGAACAGCGCGAUCUAUACACGCAGUUCGUUAUCAGCUCUGCGCUCGGCCUAUGUGCCUUUCUGACAUUCUGUAUCUUGCGACCCAAAUGGACCGAGUUGUAUGCCGCGCGACGACGGCAACGAAACGCCGCUUCUCGGCUCCCUGAGCUUCCGAACACACUUUUCGGUUGGAUACCUGUGCUGCAUCGAAUUACGGAGGAGGAAGUGCUGCAGUCAGCAGGCUUGGAUGCAUAUGUGUUCCUAUCUUUCUUCAAGUUUGCGAUCCGAUUCCUCUUGGCGGUCUUUAUUUUCGCGGUCGCCAUUAUUCUCCCGUUGCACUACAAGUACACUGGCCGAUAUGGAGUUCCUGGCUGGGACAACCUGCCAGACGAUAAGACAAUUGUUGGUGAAGUCGACAAAGAACAGCCGAUAACCAAUCCUACUUAUUUGUGGAUAUAUGUUUUGUUCGCGUAUGUCUUCAGUGGCUUGGCUAUCUAUAUGCUUCUUCAAGAGACAAACACUAUCAUUCGUGUUCGGCAAACCUAUCUCGGGAACCAGACCAGCACUACUGAUCGCACUAUUCGAUUGUCUGGCAUCCCACAUGACUUGGGAACCGAGGAUAAGAUCAAAGAUUUCAUCGAAGGUUUACGAGUUGGCAAGGUUGAAAGUAUCACGAUAUGCCGAAAGUGGCGCGAGCUGGAUGGAUUGAUUGACGAGAGAAUGAAAGUCACCCGGGAGCUUGAAAGAGCAUGGACAAGACAUUUGGGAUACAAGCGGCCAACGAACGAUGGAAAUACGCUACCACUGACGAACCAGCAAGCGCGAGACGAGGAUGACGAACAAACAGGGCUGCUAGCUCGGAGUGAGAACGAGCAUGUCUCUGGCUACUCGAAUGAGAGACCGCGUGUUCGUAUUUGGUACGGCCCUUUCAAGCUUCGGUACCGAAUGAUUGAUGCAAUCGAUUACUACGAGGAAAGGCUGCGGAAAAUCGAUGAAUAUAUUCAGACUGCGCGGCAGAAAGACUAUCCUGCCACCGAGAUUGCUUUUGUGACUAUGGAGUCAAUUGCUUCAUCGCAAAUGCUCGUUCAAGCGAUUCUUGAUCCGCACCCAAUGCAGAUGUUCGCGCGUCUUGCACCCGCCCCGGCGGAUGUUAUCUGGAAAAAUACCUACUUGUCUCGUUCCCGACGAAUGUUCCAGUCGUGGUCUAUCACGGUUGUCAUCGGGUUCCUCACUGUGUUUUGGUCGGUGCUCUUGCUUCCCAUCGCCUCGUUGCUGGAGCUAGAGACCCUUCAUAAGAUUGUUCCUCAGCUGGCCGAGUUCCUCCAAGAGCACCCGAUUUUGAAAUCCUUGGUUCAGACGGGUCUGCCGACCCUCGCAUUCUCGCUGUUGACGGUGGCUGUUCCUUAUGUAUAUGAAUGGCUCUCGAACAACCAGGGAAUGGUGUCUCGCGGCGAUGUGGAGCUCUCCAUCAUCUCCAAGAACUUCUUCUUCUCGUUCUUCAAUCUAUUCCUUCUAUUCACCGUGUUUGGAACAGCUAGUGGUUUCUAUGGAUUCUGGGAGAAUCUUCGGGAUGCUUUCAAAGAUUCUACCACAAUUGCCUUUGCACUGGCAAAGUCCCUCGAAGGGCUGGCUCCGUUCUACAUCAACCUCUUGAUUCUUCAGGGCUUAGGCCUUUUCCCCUUCCGACUCCUUGAGUUCGGAAGUGUCGCACUAUACCCUUUCCAGUUUCUGUCGGCCCGCACACCACGCGAAUAUGCGGAGCUUUCCACCCCUCCCAAGUUCAGCUACGGCUUCUCCAUCCCGCAGACUAUCCUGAUAUUGGUCAUUUGCGUGGUAUACAGUGUGUUCCCGAGUUCAUGGCUGAUCUGUCUAUUCGGCCUAAUCUACUUCACCAUCGGCAAAUUCAUCUACAAGUAUCAACUACUCUACGCCAUGGACCAUCAGCAACAUUCGACCGGCCGUGCAUGGCCAAUGAUAUGCAACCGCGUAUUCGUCGGACUGGUUGUUCACCAGCUGGCCAUGAUCGGUGUGCUGGCUCUGCGCCGAGCGAUCACCCGGUCAUUGCUCCUGGUACCGCUUCUCGGCUUCACCGUUUGGUUCUCAUACUGGUUUGGACGUACAUACGAGCCUUUGAUGAAAUUCAUCGCCCUGAAGAGUAUCAACAGAGACCAGCCGGGUGGUGGGGACGUCUCCCCGUCAUCUUCAUCGACCUUCUCACCACCAUCAGGGCUAGACCGUGAUAGCCUCCCAAUCCGGAUUGCUGGACACGAGCUCGAGUUGCGGUUUAAGAAAUAUGUCAACCCGAGCUUGAUUGUCCCGCUUCACGCUGCUUGGCUUCCCCGCCGCGGCCCUGGCCCUAACGGUAACAGUGCGCCCGCGUUCGAGGUCCAUGAGACGCCGAAUGUUUGA